AUGCGCUUGAUUAUUUGUCAUGACCGUUAUGCAGGUGCACACUGCCCACUGCUGUGCCUGGGCGGGGGGACUCCUCAUAAGCCUGCUAUUAUUGGGCCCUCUGGCCACGUAAUUCAUGAGUCAACUUCAUGUGCCAAUUACCUGAGAGCAAAGGGAGUGUCUGCGGCAAGCAUACUCAAUGAGGUGUCAUCAUACGACACAGUUGGGAACGGAUUCUUUGCACUCACAAUCCAUGCCAUCCCGGCUGGCUGGAGGCGGUGCUCGAUAGUGACGAGCGCAUUUCACAUGCCCCGCAGCCGCGCGAUCUUUGAGCGCUGUUUUGCGCUGGCAGGGGGGUCCCUUUGUGGGGACUGCUCCCACUUCCAGCUAAAUUACCAUGCUGUGCAUGACGAUGGGGCGUUCCCUGACGACGUCUUGGCCGCACGGCGGCAGCGAGAAGCUCAGAGCUUGGAGACAUGGGAGCGGGACACAGCUGGCUUUAAGAGCUUGGCUGAGAUGCAUGCCUGGCUGCACGCUACCCACCUCUGCUACUCUGUGUCUCGCCAGGUAAGCGCAAAGCAGUGCUACUGA